UCCUUUCUUUGCAAAAUGGCGGCGGUAGCUCAGGUCUCGUCCCCGUCCCCGUCCCCAUCCCCCGUCCCUGCUCCUGUCCCGGCAGCCCCAAGCCCAGCAGCCGUACCGCCAGUGGCAGCGACCCCAGCGGGAGGUGCAGCGCCGCCUGUGCCUCCCCCUACAGCAGUCCCGGGCCCGCCGGUCCCCGCGGCGCUGCCUGGCCCCUUCCCCGGCGGCCGCGUGGUCCGGCUGCACCCGGUCAUCCUGGCCUCCAUCGUGGACAGCUUCGAGCGGCGCAACGAGGGCGCGGCCCGGGUUAUCGGGACCCUGCUAGGCACUGUGGACAAGCUCUCCGUGGAAGUCACCAAUUGCUUCUCAGUCCCACACAAUGAGUCUGAAGAUGAGGUGGCUGUCGAUAUGGAAUUUGCCAAGAAUAUGUAUGAGCUGCACAAGAAGGUUUCCCCUAGUGAAAUCAUUUUGGGGUGGUAUGCUACGGGCCAUGACAUUACAGAGCACUCUGUCCUGAUCCAUGAGUAUUAUAGCCGGGAAGCACACAAUCCAAUCCACCUCACUGUGGACACCAGUCUCCAGAAUGGGCGCAUGAGCAUUAAAGCCUAUGUCAGUGCUCCAAUGGGGGUCCCUGGUAAGACCAUGGGGGUGAUGUUCACACCUCUGACAGUGAAGUAUGUUUACUAUGAUACUGAGCGGAUAGGAGUUGAUCUCAUCAUGAAAACCUGUUUGAGUCCCAGUCGAGUGAUUGGCUUAUCCAGUGACUUGCAGCAGGUGGGGACAGCGUCAGCCCGGAUCCAGGAUACCCUGAGCACAGUGCUUCAGUAUGCAGAGGAUGUGCUGUCCGGUAAAGUGGCUGCUGACAACACUGUUGGGCGCUUCCUGAUGGAUCUUAUUAACCAGGUGCCAAAGAUUUCACCGGAGGACUUUGAGACAAUGCUGAACAGCAAUAUUAACGACCUGCUGAUGGUGACCUACUUGGCAAAUCUCACUCAGUCACAGAUUGCUCUCAACGAAAAACUUCUGAGCUUAUGAUGGACUCCCUGCCUUCUCUCACUUGAGAGCCUGAAGAUACAGCAGAGCUACUCUCCCUACAGUCUGUUCUGCUACUGAAUUUAGUUGGACAUUAAUGUAAUUGCCUAAAUGAUUCAGUAUUCUCCCAUAUCCCUCUGAUUCCCACCUCUGCCCCAAAAAAACCUUCCACUGUGGUUCAGAUAUUGAAUCAAAACUGGGUGUGGGCCCAUUAUUGAAAAUUGAAUUGAUGACUACUCUUUAGGGCUCAUGAGCUGCUGUCCCAGGUUACCCAUUUAUAUGACAAACACAACUCCAUUGUAUUGUGAGGAUUAUUGAUUCUAAAUAAAAGUUCCAUUCCACUGAUAAGAGCGCCUUGGCAUCCAUAGGUGUCUUCUUCCUCAA